GGAACGCGUACGAGGACAAUGAUAAGGUAAAGAUUCAGACAUUUUGCCCUGAAAAAUCUCCGAAGAAAUUCUAAUCUAGACAGGAAUCUUUGAGCGACCCGCAUUCAAGGAUUGGUGUUCCGAUGCGAGGACUGUGGUUAUUGAGUCGAUCUUUGGUUGACAAGUUUAUGCAUGGUGAAGGCGCCGUCGUGGUUCAAGACAACUUUAAAUAGAACUCGAAGUUUGCGCAGACGUUUGUUGUUGUUGGUCUUCCUUCUUGCAGCUGGAAUCGUUUAUUACGUCUUCUACCAAGAUCAUGAAAAGAAAGACACGCCUCUUGGACAGCGCAUGACGCGUCACGUCUUUACAGUAGAGGAGAUUUUACAGUUCCCCGAUAAUUACCACACUAAAGGUGUGUUAUCACUUCCUUAUGGAGACAUCGUGGAACCCUUUGAGGCUUGGUACUCCAAAUCUAAAAAGAUGAGCAGAAUUGAUUACUAUAAUGGAAUGGACAAAACAUUUCAGCGCGGAGAUCUGGGUAGGCACGGGUUUGCAUGCAAAAUUGUUCCAGAAUAUUCUGAAGUGAAACAUAAAACGUUCACUGGAUGUAUGCACAGGCGUGGAACUAAGAAAUUUCCAAUAAAAGCUCAGAAUAUUAUACCAGCACCCUCAUAUUUCAAGUACUCCGGUUCCACUGAACUAAAUGGUGCAGAGUGUGCUAAAUGGGAACACUCGUUCACAAUUUACGACAAGGUCAACACAUAUACAUUGUACACAACUAAAACCCGUCCAUUAAAACCACUCCGGUACGAGAUGAUGGGAUACGAUACAUUACUAGCGUCAUACUAUGAUCAUUACAUCCUCGAUUACCAUGAGUUUGAAGCUUGGAAAUUCAAUUAUUCAGUGUUUGAUAUACCAACAGAUCUCCAGUGCUUUGAUUUUUCCCACGAGAAACUGGAGAAGUCCCUUGGUGAGAUCAAUCCUAUUGUGGAAUUCAUGCCGCACAGUACAUCAGGAUCUCCGUAUACCCUGUCUCACCUGUCAAAUUUUGUCACGACUCCCUCUCGCACGGAAGCCGAUCCUCUGCAGUACCUGUUAGAUUCCUUAAAAAUAAUGCCGACGGUUAACAGAGACACAUUUGAGCCCACAGAACCCACCUCAAACCUCCAGAAGUCUCUUGAGGACAAGAAGCAGACUCGACCGUCACCACCUCCCAAUAGUACGGGAGCGUUCAGAAAUGUGGACCAGAAGUCUGAUUACAAAGAUGUUAUGCGCCACUAUGAAGACGUGGUGAAUACUUUAUUUCAAUCUUUCAAGGCGAGAUAUAAGAAGAAUUAUAUCUCAAAGCGGGAGCAUGAGUCACGGAAAGACAUCUACAGACAUAACUUGAGGAGGGCUUCUGCCACUUUAAAAAUACCACAACAGGUGCUAAGCUGGAUUUCUACAUGAACAUUACCAAAGGGAACAAGCAGGAGUUGAAGCAGGCCAUUGCUAUAUACGGUCCAGUCAGUAUUCUCAUCAACACCCAGCCAAAGACUUUUAAAUUCUACGGAUCUGGAAUUUAUUAUGACUCUGACUGCACUCAUGCAUUGGAUCACGCGGCCUUAGCUGUCGGAUAUGGAGUUGAAAAGGGUGAACCCUAUUGGCUGAUUAAGGAUUCCUGGUCAAAAGCUUGGGGAGAUGAGGGAUAUAUCAAGAUCGCUAUGAAAAAUGAUAACUGUGGUGUUCUGCAGAAGGCUGUCGUGGUCAAGAUCAGAGAUGAUUAAAUUUAAAGAAGUGUUUGAUACAAGAACACGUAGUUAGCAAAGUCUGAUCUUUUCCUCUCCCUUUUUAUGAGGUGACUAUGAACACAAACAGCAUUUUCUUUUUCAAGCUAUUUUGGGGCACCUGCUGUAGUCGCUGAGCGGGUAAUAGUUCGGAGCACCUUGGUCGGGUAUUAGAAAUUUUUCAAGAAGCUGUAUAGAUGGCUUGGUGAGACUGCAUCAUUUAGAAGCUUGAUCGUCUUUUGUUCGUGGCUUAUUCGUACUUUAUUCGUAACUUAGCCGUAUUAUAUACUUAGCUUU